UUUUAUAUAGAAACUUCAUUCAUUUUACAUUUCUAUGAUAAGUCGUCCAUUAAAUUAUCAAAAAAGAAAGACACAAAGACGAAGGUGGUGAGGCGAACCACCACACACACGGAAUCAAAAGAACAGCCAAUGAAAACUCGAUAAAUGGCUGAACACAAUUGUUAAGAGCCGUUUGUUUUGUUUUUGUUAACAAAAUUGCUCCAGAGAGAAGAGGUUGAAGAAGAAAGAACAAGUUUGAUUUCAAAAGGAAUCAUUUUUUGACGGAAUCUAUGAGUACUCAAGCGACGGGUCCGUCUUCAACAUCAGGGAGAAGAAACACUACCUCUAGUGUACGCCGUGGACCACCACCUUCGAAGAAACCAGUCCAAUCAGAGAACGGAAGCGUUAAUGGGGGGAACACCUCUAAACCCAAUUCACCUCCUCCUCAACCUCAAGCUUCUUCUAAUGGAGAGAGAACUGUGAAGAAGCUUCGUUUAUCGAAAGCUCUUACUAUCCCUGAAGGAACCACUGUUUAUGAUGCUUGUAGAAGGAUGGCUGCUAGGCGUGUUGACGCUUGUUUGUUGACUGAUUCAAGUGCGCUUCUCUCCGGGAUUGUUACUGACAAAGAUGUAGCUACAAGAGUGAUUGCUGAAGGGUUGAGACCUGAUCAAACUUUGGUCUCUAAAGUUAUGACUAGGAAUCCUAUUUUUGUUACUUCUGAUUCUUUGGCGCUUGAAGCUCUUCAGAAGAUGGUUCAAGGGAAAUUUAGGCACUUGCCUGUUGUUGAGAACGGUGAAGUCAUUGCUUUGUUGGAUAUCACAAAGUGUUUAUACGAUGCGAUUUCGAGGAUGGAGAAAGCUGCAGAGCAAGGUAGCGCUUUAGCAGCUGCAGUGGAAGGUGUAGAGAAGCAAUGGGGAAGCGGGUACUCUGCGCCGUAUGCUUUUAUUGAAACCUUGAGGGAGAGAAUGUUUAAGCCAGCCUUGUCAACGAUUAUCACAGAGAAUUCAAAGGUUGCACUUGUAGCACCAUCAGAUCCUGUUUAUGUUGCUGCUAAAAAGAUGCGGGAUUUGCGGGUUAACUCUGUUAUCAUUUCUGUUGGGAACAAAAUCUAUGGAAUCUUGACUUCAAAGGACAUUCUCAUGCGAGUGGUGGCACAGAAUUUAUCUCCUGAACUGACUCUUGUCGAGAAGGUUAUGACUCCGAACCCCGAAUGUGCAUCGCUAGAGACAACGAUUCUUGAUGCGUUGCAUAUAAUGCAUGAUGGGAAGUUUCUGCAUCUUCCGAUAAUAGACAAAGAUGGAACCGCUGCAGCUUGUGUAGACGUUCUUCAGAUUACUCACGCAGCUAUUUCGAUGGUUGAGAACAGUUCUGGAGCUGUGAAUGAUAUGGCUAACACGAUGAUGCAGAAGUUUUGGGAUUCAGCUCUUGCUUUAGAGCCACCUGAUGAUUCCGACACUCAAAGCGAAAUGUCAGCGAUGAUGCAUCAUUCAGAUAUUGGGAAGCUCAGUUCUUACCCAUCUCUAGGACUUGGGAACUCGUUUUCAUUCAAAUUCGAAGACCUUAAGGGCCGUGUACAUCGGUUUACUUCCGCAGCUGAAAACCUAGAGGAGCUGAUGGGUAUUGUGAUGCAAAGAAUAGGCAGCGAGAACAACAGUGUGGAACAACGGCCUCAGAUUAUAUAUGAGGAUGAUGAAGGUGAUAAGGUUUUGAUUACAUCGGAUAGUGAUUUGGUUGGUGCUGUUACGCUUGCUAGGUCUACAGGACAAAAGGUUUUGAGGCUGCAUCUGGACUUCACCGAGUCAUCAAGGAGCUUGAGCUCAGAAACCAUUCAACUCAAGAAAGAGGAUUCUCGAGAUAGAGGAAGCGGAUUGGUUUCAUGGCGUGGUGGUGUGGUGGUUACAGGAGCUGUUGUCCUAACAAGCAUAGCCGUAGUUGUUUACUUGAAACGUUCAAAGAUCUGAAUUUUUGCUGAAGCUUAACUGUUUGGGAGGCAAAACAAAAACACACUCUUUUUCUUCUUUUUUUGGUAAGUUUUAUACAAGUUGUCUCAUUUGUCUUUUGGGUUUACAUUGUUUUUGCUGAUGCAAAAAAAAAAACAAAAUUUAUUUCCUAAGAUAGUUUAAAUUAAUGGGGAAAAACCCUAUGAAGAAGAGAGUAUUACAUUUGACAGAGUUUAUGUUAAAACCUCUGAAACAGAGAAGAUAAAACCAAGACAUGUUGUUCCACUGCAAUUUCUGGUAUUUGAUCUAAUUGAAAGUAUGUAUUUGCUUCUGUC